CCAGAGGCUUCCGAGGACGGGCCGGGCCCCGCCGCCUCCUCUGCCGACGGGGCUGCCCGUACCCCGCCCGCCGCCGCCGCCAUCGGGAGCUUCCCCCGGAGGACGGAGCCGGCGGCGGCCGGGAGAGGGGUGUCCCCCGGAGCCCCCCCCCCGCCGCCUCCGCCGCCGCUGCUGCUGGCGGGGCCGCCGGGCAGAGCGUGCCUCCGGGCCGUGCUGGCGGACUCGCGCUUCUUCCUGGUGUGCAUGUGCUUCCUGACCUUCAUCCAGUCCCUCAUGGUCUCCGGCUACCUGAGCAGCGUCAUCACCACCAUCGAGCGGAGAUACAGCCUGAAGAGCUCGGAGUCGGGGCUGCUGGUCAGCUGCUUCGACAUCGGGAGCCUGGUGGUGGUGGUGUUCAUCAGCUACUUCGGGGGGCGCGGGCGCAGGCCGCUCUGGCUGGCCGUCGGGGGCUUCUUCAUCGCUCUGGGGGCCGCUCUCUUCUCCCUACCUCACUUCAUCUCCCCGCCGUACCAGAUUCAGGAGCUGAACUCUUCCGUCAGCAACGAGGGCUUGUGUGUGACAGGCAAUGGCACCGCCAAGGAGCAGUGGGACUCGUCGGCCUGCAUCAAGGACUCUGGUGGGAACGAUCACUCCCUCUAUGUAGCUUUAUUCAUUUGUGCCCAAAUCCUCAUCGGCAUGGGCUCCACACCCAUCUAUACCUUGGGACCAACCUACCUGGAUGAUAAUGUCAAGAAAGAGAACGCCUCGCUUUACCUAGCCAUCAUGUAUGUCAUGGGAGCACUUGGUCCUGCAGCUGGCUACUUACUGGGAGGACUUCUCAUUGGCUUCUAUGUUGAUCCUAGGACAACUGUUUAUAUUGACCAGAAUGAUCCCCGAUUCAUUGGAAACUGGUGGAGUGGAUUUCUCCUUUGUGCCAUUGCAAUGCUCCUUGUGAUAUUUCCAAUGUUUACCUUUCCAAAAAAGCUUCCUCCUCGACAUAAAAAAAAGAAAAAGAAAAUGAACUCUGAUGAUGUUUCAAGUGAUGACGAAGUCAUGAAAGAGAAAACAAAUAGCAAAAUACAAGCAGACAGUGCAGUUCCUGCUUCUAUGGGAUUUGGAAAGAAUGUUAAAGAGCUUCCACGAGCAGCUGUCAGGAUCUUAAGCAACAUGACAUUCCUUUUUGUGAGUUUGUCAUACACAGCUGAGAGUGCCAUUGUUACAGCUUUUAUUACCUUCAUUCCCAAGUUCAUCGAGUCACAGUUUGGCAUCCCAGCUUCCAAUGCCAGCAUCUACACUGGUGUGAUUAUUGUCCCAAGUGCUGGUGUUGGUAUUGUCCUAGGUGGCUACAUUAUCAAAAAACUGAAACUCGGUGCAAGAGAGUCUGCAAAGCUGGCCAUGAUCUGCAGUGGUGUGUCUUUGCUGUGCUUUUCAACUCUCUUCAUUGUUGGAUGUGAAAGCAUUAAUCUAGGGGGAAUAAAUAUACCUUAUACGACUGGUCCCACUCUUGCCAUGGCCCACAGGAAUCUCACUGGGAGCUGUAACGUGAACUGUGGAUGUAAAAUUCAUGAGUAUGAGCCUGUCUGUGGAUCAGAUGGAAUAACAUAUUUUAAUCCUUGCCUAGCUGGCUGCAUCAAUGGUGGAAACCAUAGUACAGGGGUAAGAAAUUACACAGAAUGUGCCUGUGUCCAAAGCCGCCAGGUUAUCACCCCGCCGACAGUGGGCCAGCGCAGCCAGCUCCGGCUGGUCAUCGUCAAAACCUACCUGAAUGAGAAUGGCUAUGCUGUUUCUGGGAAGUGCGAUCGAACCUGCAACACACUUAUCCCAUUCCUGAUAUUUCUCUUCAUAGUGACCCUUAUAACAGCGUGCGCCCAGCCAUCAGCAAUCAUAGUGACACUCAGGUCUGUGGAAGAUGGGGAACGGCCCUUUGCACUAGGAAUGCAGUUUGUUCUAUUACGAACUCUUGCUUACAUUCCCACUCCAAUUUAUUUUGGGGCUGUUAUUGAUACCACAUGCAUGCUUUGGCAACAGGAUUGUGGCGUACAAGGAUCUUGCUGGGAAUACGAUGUCACCUCAUUUCGUUUUGUCUACUUUGGGUUGGCUGCUGCUCUCAAGUUUGUGGGAUUCUUUUUUAUUUUUCUGGCCUGGUACUCCAUUAAGUGUAAGGAAGAGCAACUACAGAGACAGAGAUGGAGGGCUUCACCGGUGAACACUGUGAGUGAGAUGGUUGGCCAAGCUGGACUCCAACAAAACUAUGCACGGACUAGAUCCUGCCCUACCUUCAGUUCUCGAGGAGACAUCGGUAUGGCACAAGGAAUGAACUGCAUAGCACAGACAUACCCUGGCCCCUUUUCAGAAGCAAUAAAUUCCUCAAAUGAACAUGCAUUGGAAGAAGUCACCGCUGAGAUAUAGACCCCUGGCUUGGUAAUGUAACGUUUAGUUUUGUUGGUUGACUUAAUUAUGGCGCCUUGUAAAACACCUGUGCCUUCUAUUUUUAAUCUAAAUGUAACACAUGGUAAAACCAACAAAGCUUAAUGCAAACAACCAUAGUAUGUUCCUGAGGGCUGGAUACCUCAAACAAACCUAAGUUCUUAAUUCUCCCUUCCUGACAAUGGAGUUUUAAAAAUUGUGUUUGUAAUUAUUUCAGAUGUGUCCAUUAAAUGUCCAUGCUCUAUCUAAUAUCAGUGUAAGGGUGAGGUAUUAUGAAAAGCAGAAGUCAGUGGAAGAGUGACAAAAACUCAUAUCGUUGAUGUCUAGAUGUCACAAAAAUGCUUAAAUGUAUCAUCACUUUCACAUCUGCAAAUCAUAUUUUUAAGAGAUGAGUAAUUACUGUGAGUUCUGCUACAAAGCACAACUAAACUUGUUUAAACUAUGCAACUUACUUGGAUAAUUGUAUGUGCAGCAAAUUAUGUUUGAAGUUUGCUUUUAAAGACAUUACUGCAACUCAAUUUGAAAGGGGCUAUUUUCAGACAUACAUGUUAAAAUAAAAAAGAACGUAACAUUUAAAGUACUGUUAAUAACAUGUUAAGCCAUACAAAAGUUAUGCAUCAGGUAAUGUUUGCAAAUGUUGAGACAUAAUAUCUUUGUCUUGUCAAAAUGUGCAUUAAUUUUCAUUUGAUAGGAAGCAGUCAUUCUUCACAAAGUACACAGGCUAGGAGGGUAUAAUACUUGGAGUAAAAAAAAGCACUUAAGUAUUAAUCUGUGAUAACAUUAAGGUGUAGGAAUCAUGUACACAUACCAUACUAGACGUAUUUCUGUAAUGAUAUAGGCCACCUGUGUGGCCCUUAUGAGCACUAAAUCCAUACUUUUCCUGAAAAAGAAAAUAACCAGCCAGUCUAGUUCAGCUUUGGUGAAGGAACCUCAGGGGAGAGCUAAUGGCCUUGCUUCAUUUGACUGGCUGUGUGGGGCCAAGGUGGGGCCAACUCUCUCCACAAGAGUUAGCAGAGAAACCUUCAAGUGGACUGUGAACAUGCGGGCUGCCCCCAUGCCCAUCAUGAGGCCUUCCUCCCAACUGCUGGCACUGCUGGUGCUUCUCCCUGGUGCUUUUGCCCUGGUUCUGCCUUUCUUGCUGCCUGCCUUGGGGCAGGCUGGUGGAACCACCCUGGAAGCUGUAGGCGUAUGGUUUGUCCAAUACGUGACCAGCCUUCCUCAGCUUCGUUUAAAGCUUUCUAUGAGAACAAAGGGUGAGCCGGCUCUCCUCCACCCACCCAGGGAAGAGCUAAGAAUACAAAUUGUCUGCAAGCAGGGACCCAUGAGAUGUAGUGUGGACUUUACUUAUUCCAAAUUACUACACUGUGUUUUCUCCCCUGCUCUUAGCAUUUCAUUUAUUGCUCUGGAGGCUUUGUAGUGCCCUUCUUAUGAUGUACUAAUAAUGUCUCAAAGGGCAGGGAACGAUUUCAAGUGGACACUGGGAAAUCAAAGCUGUAUUUUGCCCUGCAGGGAAAGCCUUACUAGUUUAAGAAAUUGGAAGCAUUAGAAGAAGAACUCAAUGAUGGGCAGACUUUGGAUUUUGCCAUGCAUGUAGCCUGCACAAAGUCAAAUAGGAGAAACUAGAACUUUGGGAAUGUAAGGAUUUUUUUCCUAGUUUAAUUUUUGAUUUGUAAGAUGAUUAAACAUAUAUGGAACAAAAUCCUCUUUCCCAUGAAAUUAAAGGGAAUACUCUCUGGCAUCUGGAUUUCCUUCUCCUUUGCCGGUUGCCUUCCACCAUCUCCUGUCUCUCCUUGACCAGCAUGAGGCAUUACCCACAGGCUUGGUUCCCCUGCUUGAAAUGUUGGCUGCUUAUUUCAGAAUAUCUCAGUCCAUUCGUGUGACUUGUAAUUAAUUCCAUUCUCUGUGGCUGCAAACUCAAAUGCUUCUGCUCUAAAAUACAGCAUAGAGGAAUAUCAUUAUAAUCACCUUCUGCUAUUCUGUAGAUACUAAUACCUUUUUGGAUUCAAGCCUCAGAAUUUUUUUUUUUUGUCUUUUGCAGCCAUUGGGCACAAUAUAUCUGCAGUCAGUUUGUGCCACCUGGGAUUUUAGCUUCUAUACUUCUCAUCUCAAGGAAUAAAUUUCCUUGGCUCAGAGGUACUGGAGACAAUUUAUUUUUUGACAUAGGAGAUCAGAAUAGAUGAUAAAAAUGUCUCCUCCUCCUACGGUCUUGAGUGCAUCUUGCAUCAAGAAAUUCAUGUCAUGGUGAUAUUUGAGGCAAAGUAGUAGGACAAAGUGUAAUUGCAGCCCAUCACCCAUCCACUUUAAUCACUCACCCAUUUUAAUCAGCAUGGGAUGAGGUGAAAAGAGACAAUCUUCAAAUAGCUCAGAAACAGAGCUUUUAGGGAAUCAUAAAUGAUAUGAUAAAGAGGCUGGAGAUGAAUCAUCUGUCCUGAUCUACUCUAUUUCAUGCCUUGCGUGCACAUCUUUUCCAUACAAAUAUCGAGGGAGAGCAGAUUAGGCUUGUAAGAUUGUCAGGAGCUAACACUGAUCACAAAGAAUGAGAGCGAUGUAAGUGACACAUCUGCAACUGCUGCAGCUUCUGAGCUGAUCUCAAGGGAAUUCAGAGCUUGUCAGAAUUGAGGAUUUCUGUUUUUUAGGAAAUCCUGACACCUCAGCUUCUAAAAGCAUUUCUUUUUUUAAUGUCUGAGAAACUGGAACAUAGAAGGAAAGAUGCUCAUUUCAGAAAUUCUGAAAAAGAUAUGUUUGCAUACCUUCUUGUAGCCUUUUAAUUUUCAUUUCAAAAUUAUGUACUUCACAAAAAUAACCAAAAAAUUCAAUAGUAUUUUUUUAAUCUAGAUAAUUUUGACAACGUUAUUUCUAGCAAAUCAUUUAAUUAAAUCAACAUCCUCUGAGGGAAAGAAAACACACCCUCUGGCCAACUUUUGAUUUAUUCCUGAAGGAGACUUUGUUGUGAGUAAGCUGUAACAGUCUAAACUAAGCCAAUAAAGGCAUGCAGGGUAAAAACAGUAACUCACCAGAGGAGUCAAUUCCAGCCUUGUCAACAGUGACAGAAAUAUGGGCCGAAAUCUGCUGAGCAAACACUAUUUUCUGAGGCUACCAGUGCAGAAGGAAACAGAGUUGCCAGACAAGAUGUAUGCAUCCUUAUCAGUAGUCACCAUCAAUGCGUGGUGCUAAACUGAUUCACAAAGGAAAAGCUUUACCUAUUGUCCAGCAAGGGUGAUCAUGCUGUUUUCCUGUUGUGAAACCAUCUGACCAUAAAAUGUAAAACUCCAAAGUCAUUUUGGGUUAAGUUGUUGUAAGUUCUGCCAUCCUCCUCUCUCCCUGCAAAGACUUAAGUUUGGUUAGCAGCAAACACAAGAACACGUAAAGCAGGAGUCCUGCCUUCCUGCUCAUCCACACAUGCUAUUGGCAGAGUACCAAAGUCUUCUACCUCCAGCUAACCAGCCAGGGAUAGUAGGGAGCAAUGACACCUAGAGUUUAACUACAAGUCCCCAGAGAGCCAUGCUAUCAUAUGGGCAGCCCGGUUUCCUCUUGCACAAGUUAUUCCUGGUUUAGAAUGAGGGACAUGAGAGGAGAAGUAGCCCAGUGCGUAGACAUGACUGAACAGAUCAUCAUUUCUUAUCUAAGGCCUCUCAUUUCUCCCUGUUUCCUCAAAAAGGGGAAGACUUUAGAAAAGGAGUAACGAUAGCCCUGGAUGCAUAUGAACAUGGCCUAUGAACCACUCUGUUCAUAUUGAGUGGUUUAUAUAGAUUCCAGUGGAUGUAGUCAUGGCUGGAAUAACUGGAGAGUGAUGCUCUGUAUUUCCAAUACUAGGCAAAGCCCUGCAUUCUUGGUCCUCUUUUCCACAUGAGCAUACUGGACGCAAUAUGGUAUAAUUUGGAACUGGUGGCAUUUUAUAUAUUUUCAGGACAGUGUAAGCAGUUACAAGAAAUAAGUUAAAUGUUCUGAUGCAAUUUAAAUGGAAGCUUUUGGCUCUUUGUCCAGCCAUUCUAUCUUUAAAAAUGCAUUUAAUAACUAGCUGUUCUUCAGAACAUCCUGUUAAGUGAAGUAAGGGUACAAAUCUCCUCCCAGGUGUUAGAAAUGUAAGUUUGAAAGCCCUUAAAUUAAUCAGAAACACUUGAGUGUAGUGUUUUCAAAAAUAUGUUUGCUUUCUUUAAAAAAAUAUAGCUCAUAAAUUCAUAGCAUAACCAUUCAUUAUGGCUCUGAUCCAGCAGAACAUUUAAAUACAUGUGUAAGUUUAUAUACUUAAGUGAUGCACUUAAAAAUAAUGCAUGUAUGUAGGCACUGGACUGAAUCCCAUGUGCGUUUGGAAAGGUGUUCCUUUACCCAAGGAGUAGUUUCCAUGCUGAGAUGUUUUUUACCCAUGGAUUCAGUGAUUGUCACUAGAAGAGCACAAAAUGGCACCCAAGUACUUCCCUGUGGCAUUCACAUGGGCCUACUUCUACAUCUGGCAAUGGAGGAACACUUGUUUUCAAAUAAAAGACAGUUCCAUGUAGCAACACUUAGCAUUACAAACUGUAAAAUUUUUACUAGAAUUCUUUACUAGAAUUCUUAAUUCUGAGUGAAGGUGUGAUUGUGCAGUGAGGGAUAUUACUAUUCUGCUUUGAGAAGCAGAGGGCAUUCCAAGCAUGUAUACAGCAGGCAGUAGUUGUCUAGCUUCAGAACAAGAGUCAUCUCAUCACCGUGGCUGAUGGCAUCUGACAUCACCUCAUCCAGCAAGGGAUGGCAGGUGUCCAAUCAUCUCAGAUAAUGGUUGCUUCCAUAUUCAAAAUAUUUCAUGGACUUGCUCAAAGAUAUGUUCUAUAUCUAGUUCAUAAAGCACACCAUUCACGUAUUUUAUGAAUUUCUGGCUGAAAAUUUAGAUAUUAUGUGUGGAUACAGAAUAAAUAAGGGCAUAUUUCUGACCUUAAAAGCCAAUGAAAACACUCAUAAUGCUAUAGGUUUGGACUGUGCCCUUUCACAGGAUUUGGACCCAGAGGUUUGAAUGACACAUUUGAACCUCACUGCUGUACGGAACUUCAGUGAGCACGGCUGGGGAGAGGGGUCAGCACCUUCUGUACUGUUCUUGCAGGUUUUUCCCCAAAUUGCCUGAAUUACUGCUGCCUUACUACUCUUUGUGUGUGUAUAAUACCACUGCUCUUCAUGUUGUUAUACUGACAAAAAAAUGACGAUAAAUAGGUCCAAAGUGUCUUAUUGCUAUUUUGGAGCCAGGUUCUUGGCCUCAACAAUCUGAUAUCGAGGCUGAAGAACUGGGCCCAUCCCUUAUGUUGGACAUUAACAAGCUGAUGCAUUAGCAAGUAUAGGUGAACUAAGUGACAUAAAGUGCUUGUUUAGCUUUUGUACUCUGAUUACUGGUUAGUACUACUGUUUUCGUAGAUCAAAGACAAAAUAUUCCCUUAACAAGUUUAUCUUUGUCUUUUUUCCUCAAUAAUCUCUCUUUUAUAACAGCAUAGGAAAUGUCAUGCUGCACUAUCUGCAUUCCCACAGCUGAAGCCAUCCAGCUGUGACUGCUUUCCAGGGGUUUAAAACACCUAGGAGCAGAAGAACUACAUCAGUCUGAAUUGGCAGAGCUUUGAACAGUGCUUGCUGGUUGUAGGUUAAACCUGUAGUAAUACAUUUCAGGUUCUUCACAUGCUGGACUUGAUUUUUGAGACAUUUUUAUCCUUUAGAGCGUUUAGAAGACAGACAGUUGCUGUCAUGAUGCUAGAAUAAUUAUUUGGUAUGGGAUUAGGGUUUUUAUUUAUCUUUUUCUUAUAUAACUUCUAUUUUUUUUUUUUACAUCUAAUAAUUGCAAAAAGGGUUAAGUGUAAGCAUUUUCACUGAGUUGAAAUGGGGAGCCUUCAGCAUGGCGACUGGCUAUGGCCAGAGUUCACAUGAUUCUUCUUCCUUAUUUUGUUCUGAAUACCCAAUAUUACACUAAUACAUGAUAUUACAUGGCCAAAGCUUUGAAAGUGUACCUGGUCCUCAGGAAGGAGAUUUUCCCUAUCCUUUCCACAGACUGAGUAACAUAAAGUAAGGAUGACAGCUAACAAGAUCCGUAUCCAAUAUCCAUACCCACACCCACAUGCAGUUAAUAACUGUAGUUUUUAGCAUAAGCUCAUGAGCUUCCAGUCCUUCAGAUCAGCUCUUUUGACUUAAUCCAGCCUUUCAAACACAGGUCUAGCUCUGCAAGUUCGAAGUACACUGGCUGCUCUAAAAGUUAUGCCUCCUAUUUGUUGAAAUUAAAACAGAUACAAACUGUAAAACACUAUUUUCAGCAGUCACCACCAUUAGCUAUGCAAUUUCAUCAGUGAUGAGCAAGAUCAUCUCCUUACCCUUUUCCCCUUUUCCCUUUUCCCGGGGCGUGGGCCCGUGGGUCUCCCGUCCCCUUUGUCACGGAGCUGGGCCGAACGCCCGUAAACCGUUGACAGCCUUCAUGCUGCGCUUGUAAUAAUCUGCACCAGUGGAAACAACCACUGUCACAGUCUGCAAGGCUGAAACGUACCACCCACCACCUCACUGUGCUCACAUCCCCUGUUUGGUCUCCAUAAAUGUUCAGCAAGCGUUGAUCAGUGUCAAUGGGUACCAUUUUUUCCACAUGAAGGAAAAAAAUGUCACACUAUUGCUCCAUCCACACUUCCAUGUCGGACGCCAUUGUGUCAGACUGCCCCUCUGCUGCCAUCUGUUACAUGGCAACAACAUGUAAAGAAAUAUUGGUGGCAAGGUUUGACUUCUGCUGCCGUACCACCAGUAUCAGCCUCUGAUACCAAUAUAAUAAAAUAGCAGGCACUACUUUUGAAGCAGCCCUCAUAGCUCCAAACUUUGAUUGGUUUUGAUUUUUAUAAAACAGAAAAAAUGCUUAUUUGUUCACGUUCCAUUUUCUUAUGUUUUCUAUGUCAAGUUAGCUGUCACAAUGUUAUCCUGUUACAGAAUUUUAUUCAUGAUAUAGAAUAGCUGAAAAGCUGUGGAAUUCAUGAAGGGCUACAAAAAGCUUUCAAAGUAUUGGUCAGCUCAAGGAAGAGUGAGCAUGAUAAUCUUUGGACAAAAGACUAAACAACAUUAUGGUGCUAAUAGCUACUGAAGUAUUCUAUGAUGUAUUCACUAUCACUUCAAUGACACGUUCAAGGCAUGCCAAUGAUACAACAGCAUGUGUUUUUGUUGUUAAAGUCUGCAGCUUCUCCAGCAAAGUCGGUGUUCAUAGUUCCUAGUGAGCCAAUUCCUGCCUAGCUCUUCUGUCCUUUCAGGAGGCAAUACAGGAUUUGGUCCAGCACUAGUGACUAAUGUAGAAGUUGUAUAGACCAUGGAAAUCUCCUAUAGGAUGCAUGUAGAAUGUUACUUUCUUUAGUGGCUUUGCUUAAGCAGAGACUGAAAAUAAAUUCUAUAGGAAUGACAGGAAGUGAUAGCACCCUUAACCAAGCAACAUUAGUAAGAGUUUGAAUUAAACUGAGGAUUCAGAUCUGAGAUAUUAAUGUUCUUCCAUGAAAUAUCAGAAAGAGGGGGGUAGAACAGGAGCACAUUCCAGCUCCAGCAAUGGAAAAAGCCAAAUCUGGCCAACUUUCAAGAGAGCUAGGAUGUACAACUGAGAUUUUUGGUGGUUGACUCUUUGAGACAACACUUUGCCUUUCCAUUUGGAACUGAAAGAUAAUUCUUUGAUGCUAUUGUACCUGGACUGCUCAUUCUGAGGAUCCAUUUGUAUCCUACACGACACAAAGUGGUACACCUCAGAAAUUUUACCUCUUUAACAAAGGUACAUUUGAAAACAUGAAGGGAAAUGUCAAUGCAAAAAGUUGGACAAAAUAAUUCAAAACUGUUUCUGUACAAAGAACAACAACAAAAAUGAAUGUGGAGUCACUGUGAUCCAUGUGUCAGUGAAGGCAUUCUUCCUAACAGACCUGCUCUGUUUCCCACUUGAGCAAAUGGGAGUUUUGCCCUCGGCUGCGGUACAUACCUCUACCAAAUGAUUUAAGCAGCAAGAAAAUAAUCUGGGUAGCACGGUAGGAGCAUGGAGUGGGCACAAUGCCUGUAACUGUUCCAUUUUUUUUUAAAACCCAUUAUUAAGCAAAUGUGUAGAGUAUUAAGGACAUUUGUAGAGUAUGUCUGACUGUAUGAGUGUGUGGGUGCUGUGCUGUGGUAAAAAGAGACUAAUUGGUUUAUGCAUUUUUUUGCAUACUUUAGGGAUUUUUAAUUGAUAUUUAUUUCUCAGCAAAGCUUAGAAUAAUUUUAAAGCUGUGUAACACAUUGUUUCAUGAAAUCUAUUGUUGGCAUCUUGUAAACAUGUGUUUACAAAACAAAGUCUUGAAUACUUGAUAUUGGAAAAUAAAAAGUAGCAUAUCAAGUGUGUUUUAUUUCUGAUGAGGAAAAAAAAAAGAAAACAACAAAAAAGGUACCUGGAUCAGUGUGCGAUCAGUCCGGAUCAGGUGAUGAUGUAUUCCAUCUUUCAGUGCUCAGUCAGACAAAACCAAAUCUUUCCACUGAAUUCUGCAAGCACUGAAUCACAGCGAAGUAUUGAUUGUGUAGAAAUAAACUGUAAAAUUUCACCA